UGACCUAAACCUGUCAUUCGCCAGCGCUCAAGUUGCCCAGGCGCACGCCGCCUCGCGCCGCGAAACAAAACACUGUCGCCGUUCCAUUUUUGAAUGAAAAAGUGUCGUGGCAUUUGUUUUUUGAAUCAAAAUCGUGUUGUCAUUUGUUUGUUUAGUGAUCUUGUGAAGUUUUACAGUGAAGUGAUAGCCAGUGAUAAUGGUACGCACUUACAAAGUCGUCAGUUGUUUCAAGAUGCCGAAACGUGGUACCAAGGUGGUACCCUCGCCUAGUGGUGCUGGGGUAUUUACUAUAGACAUGUCUUCCACUUCUACCCUGGACAUAGCUGCAGUGCCAGAGCAGAGAGCGCCCGCCGCGCCUCCUGAGAUGCAGGCGCGACACAGCUUCUGGUGGCAUCUGUUUAUCGACCUGCCCAUAUUGAUACUCGUGGCAGCAGUAUGCAUCCUGCUAGAAGUCGGGGCGUUGCCGAGUCGCCGGAGUGGGUACACAUGCAACGAUCCUGCCCUCUCUUUCAAACACACGGGGGAUACUUUCUCCAUCUCGCUCGUGGCUGCCAUCACAGUGAUCGUACCGUUUUUGAUUAUGUGGGCCGUAGAAACAAUACACCACCGCGAAGAAGAAUACAGCAUGAAGCAGAACAAGCUGUUGACCACGGCCAAGACAGCCGGCUUCAUAUACCGCGACUACAUCUACGGGGCCGUGGUCAACCUGACUGUUCUGGAGGUGGUCAAGUGCGUCAUCGGGUCCCCGAGGCCGACCUUCUUUGAUCUGUGCGAGCCUGAUACUCCUUGCAAUGGGUCUGAAUACGUGAGCAGCUACACCUGCACCUCUACCAAGUACUCCCGGUACCUGGUCAUCGACUCCACUAGGAGCUUUCCGUCUGCGCACUCCUCGCUGGCCGUCUACUGCGGCCUGUUCUUAGCUUGGUAUCUCCAAAGAAGAGCGUUCAGCUGGCACAACCGCUCUGUCCUGGUGGUGCCACUCCUCCAAAUCGCCUGUCUGGUGUACGCAGCCGUCUGCUCUCUCAGCAGGCUCACCGACCACCGGCACCAUUGGUGGGACGUCCUGGUUGGAGGCUCAAUGGGGAUGCUCACUGUUCUGUAUACGGUGCUAGUCCUCUGCAAGAACUUCUCCCAGCCAGCCGUAGUCAGCACCAGCGAUAUAUCCAGCAGCGACGGCAACAACCACCACUCAGUCCGACGGCUGCUGUCCAGCGAACCACACGUGGUCGUGCCCUAGCCCCAAGCCGUGUAAGCUGAUGCUUACAAAAUACCGACCGAAUUGAGAGCCUCCUUUUGUGAAAAGUUAAAGAUGCUGCCACCGGCAAUUGUGACUUCUGUGUGUGAUUUAGACUGUAUGCUAUGUCUUGGCAAUUCGGCUUGGAGACUUUUUGGAGGCGUACUCGUGCAGUUGCGCAUGUUAUAGUCUGUGCCAAUAGACUGACAGUUUUUUUUUAUUACAUAAAAUUGGCUGAAACGGAGGCUGUUAUGAGUAAAAGCACUUCUAAAAAUCCUAGUUGCAAAAACUAAAUUACUUUAAAGACCUUUUAUUUAUCAAUAUCUUCAAUAGUACCUACUUUAAUUUACAAGAAGAGAUUUCCUUAAUCACCAGACAGUAAUCGGUGUUCCCCAUAAGUUGUCCUAAACGGGUGGUAGGGCAAGCUAUAUUUGGGACUUGUUUAAGCAUCCUAAAAAGGACCUAAGUACUGAAUAAACUAUUUGAAUUUGUCAUUUGACAAAUCAUUUUACUGCUGUAACAUUAUCAGUUAUAUUGGCACAGACUAUAGAUCUCUUUUAUUGAAAAAAAAUGAUGCUACUUUAGAAAUUGGACUUUUUAAAAUUAACUUAGGUAUGUUUUGCCAUAGUAAGAAAAUAGUGCAAGUUGUGUGUUUACUUUAAUUAGUAAUUAGACUAUUUGCAUUUAAAUUCUCAGUAAAAUACUAGCUAGUGCUCUAUUUCUCUACGUCUGACAAAAUACUGUAGUAUUUGAUCUAUUGCAAUUAUUG